AUGAGCAAAUUUGCCCCCGAUAAUUCGGAAUCCGUAAAGAGGGCCAUGCUAAGCUGGGCCCGACAAAACAGCUACAAAGUCGGCCGUAUAGCUGCUCUAGACUAUGGCUGGGAGGCCUGGGUACAAGCCAAUCUAGAGUGGUACCUAUCUGUAGAAGCUAGCACGACCGAAGCAAUCCUACAGCAGGAAAAGUACCCAUAUGGCGACGGCAGGCGUGUAGACCAAGGUAUCUACGGAUCUAACAACACUCCCUGGCACUGGAUCGAAAUCAACACCCAAACGCCCAAACAGAGAAAGGAUGAUUUAUUGAACAAUCUGAUGGCUGAUUGGGUCAAGCUUGAUGAUAAUGUGGUCGGACAACAUCGCGCGCGGCUGUGGGCCGUGGGGUUCUGGCAGAAUGAUGGAGAAAGGAAACCGACAGACUUCAAGAAUUGGGAUUUCGAAGUGGUGAAUGGUAUGAAUGUCUUAUACAGAACGAAGUACAACCCUAAGUUUCCAAAACUCUAA